ACAACCUCACCAGCGAUCCCACCUUCAAGCUCACAGAUGUACUCAUCUUUCCACGAAGCCCAGAAUGAAAUACCGAGUCGGCUCUUGCAAUUACCCCACAUACCUCGUGUGGGGCAAGAGCUACCCCGAGACCGCCCCGCAUCGGACACGUACCGGUCGGAACUAUGCCGCCCGCAUGUACAGCAUAACAAGCUUCAUAUCUUUGCGACAAUCUCUAGUCUGAGACAAGGAGCCAUUGAUACACCAAUAUCUAUUAUCUAUACACCGCAACUAUGGACCCAGCACAGUUCGGCUACAGUACCAUCCCUCUCAACCACGCGCCAUAUGGCCCAAUCGUUCCAUCCGCUUUAGAAGGAUCCAAUGCCGGAAAAGUAGCCCUCAUAACGGGAGCCGGACAAGGCAUCGGUGCUGCCAUCGCAGAAUCGCUAGCGAAAUCCGGGGCUCACAUAGCCAUCCUUGACCUAAACACCGAUAACCUCAAGCAAACCAAGAAGACAUGUUCGGCGUUUGGAGGAAAGGUCGAGGCAUAUGGCUGCGAUGUCACGGAUAUGGAGCGUGUGAAAGAGGUCUUUGCACAAGUGGAGAAAGACUUGGGACCGAUUGAUAUACUGGUGAACAACGCAGGGAUAUUUACUCAGCGACCGUUCAUCAUGGGUAGCUUUGACACAUUUUGGAAACAGAUCGAAGUCAAUUUCAAGGCUCCUCUAAUGCUCAUCCACGCCGUCCUUCCACAAAUGCGCGACCGCGGCCACGGUUGCAUCAUCAACAUCGCUUCUCGCUCCGGUACUGUCGAUGUACCCAUGACGUUAGGGUACGUGACAUCAAAAGCGGCUCUGAUGCGUGCUACGCACACCUUGCAGCUGGAGAUGGAACUUGAUGGACUGGACCCAGCAAUUCAUAUGUAUGCGCUGCAUCCAGGUGGAGUGAGGGGCAACAUGGGCGGAGCUGGAGCGCCAGACGAUGUAAAACAGAAGUACGGUGACAUUACGGAUGAAGAGUUCUUCAAAGACCUUUUCAAGGACGGACCGUCGCUUUGCGGUCAGACGUGUGCGUGGUUGGCUAGCGGAAAGGGGAAGGAGUUGAGAGGGCUCUUUCUAGAUUGCCGGCAAGAUGUGACGAAGCUCUUGGAUAUCGGACGAGAAACGCUGCUGAAGGAGAACCGGAAUAGGCUGACAGUGAACUUCAUCGAUGGAUACUGCAAUGAGCCAUAAUGGUUGGAACAGAAAGCCAAUGUUUGUUCUAGAGCGCCAAGACGCUGUAUAUUACAAAUAAAAAGACAAAUACUCAAGAACAGAAAAAAGACCAUAUACAACCCGC